AUGUCGAUCCAGCGGCUGCCAGGAGCUGUGGCGGCACAGAUCAAGUCGUCGGCCACCGUUGCGUCGCUGAAUGCCACAGUGUUGGGACUCCUCCGCAAUGCCCUCGAUGCAGGUGCCGUUCGGGUGACCGUGUCGGUGGACUAUGGCCGCGGAAGCUGUGUUGUCGAGGAUGAUGGCGCGGGUAUACCGCCAGACGAGUUUCGCGUCGACGGCGGCCUUGGCAAGCUCUAUUAUACAUCCAAGUAUCCACCGUUAAAAGGCACACACGGCCGAUAUGGGACCUUCUUGGCAUCCGUUGCGGACCUCUCGCUGCUGACGAUCGUUUCACGGAGCCGUGGCUGCAGCUCGGAGAGCACAUUGACCAUCCACAAUGGCAAACUGCUGCGUCGGCAUAUAACCGAUGUGUCAAGCCAGACUGUUUUUGCGUCGCCACAUGGGACCCGGGUCACAGUCCGCGAUCUGUUUGGAUGCUUGCCGGUGCGUGCCCGCUUGCGACCGCUUCCUGACUCCGCUGCGUGGAACCGGGACUGGGACGAACUGAUUCGGUCCGUGGCGGCCCUUCUUUUGGCAUGGCCGGGGAGCAUAUCUGCUACAAUUCACGACGAGGCCAGCGACGCAAGACGGACUCUACGAGGCGUCCAAGAAAACGAACCUGCUGUUCGAACGGCCCACCUGCUGGCACAAGCCGGCCUUUGUGAGAGAACGGACCCCGAGUCGUGGGUCAGCGUCGGAGCUUCUGUCUCUGGCGUGCGUGUCUCGGGUACCGUUUGUCUGGAUCCGACUGCUUCGAAGCGUGCCCAGUUUCUUCGCAUCGGCGUGACACCGCUGUCUGCGGCACACCCAGCCGACCGACUGUACAGCGAAAUCAACAAGAUCUUUGCCGAUUCGGAUUUUGGUGCGACAGACCUGACGAAAUCCGACGAACGAACGACACGCGGCCCUAUGGAUAGAUUUGUGCGUGAGCAGCGGCCUCGAAAGACCGUCGACCGGUGGCCCAUGUUCAGUCUUGGCAUCGACCUGGAUGGGGAUACGACCGCGGAUGACGUGCUGGACGACCAGCGACACGAUUUGGCAGUUAUUGCCAGCUUGCUGCGAACGGUCACUGUCGAAUUUUUGAAGACACACGGGUUCUAUGAAGACCCUGCGACAUGUUAUCAAUCUGGCAGCACUGGUGGAAGCCCGUCUCGGAGUAGACGAGGCACCCCGGGCUCAGCGACAAAGACACAGAAGGCCGCCGAGGCGCGUGGGAGAAGAGUCCCACCGCUUCCCCCAAAACGAAGCAGAGAUGCGCAGUCAUUGUUUUCAUCUUGGCCGCAAACAAAGUCUGCAAGAUCUUCAAAUACGAAGUUAACACAGCCACAUGUUGUCGCCCAUCCUGGAUGGGAAACACGUGGCGGAAACGCCGAAGAACAGAGCAUGUUCUUUGCUAAGCCUGAUUCGCUCCACGAAGAAGACGAACACGCCGACGAGGCUUGCUGUGAUAUCUCUAAAAACAUGAAAGAAUGGGACGAGAGCACAUUGACCAGCGACGACCUCAAGAUCUCGCGGGCCCGUUUGGAGGCGGCCACCAUUAUUGGCCAGGUCGACCAAAAGUUUAUUCUCAUACGAGCGCCGCCGGAGACGGACGAUUCUGGGCCUCUGCUCAUCCUUGUUGACCAGCAUGCGGCAGACGAGCGAUGUCGCGUCGAAGCCCUUUUACAGGACUACUUUGAAGAGCGCCGACAGGAAGGUGCCAUUGCGACGGUCCUGUCACGCCCCAUGCAGUUUGAACUCUCGACCGACGAACUCUCCCUCUUGGAACGGUCUAGGGCCUAUUUUCGGCACUGGGGUGUGGCAUAUGAUAUGCUGCCGCCGAACGAGACACGCGAGGCAGACACAACGGUUCUACGAGUGACGGCUCUGCCUUCAUCCAUCGUUGACCGCUGCACACAAGAUCCUCGCCUGGUCAUUGAUCUCAUCCGCAAAGAGAUAUGGGAGCGCAAAGAGGCAGACCUGGACUGGAGACCGGCAUCGGACAGCAACACACACUGGACCGCCCGAUUUCACAGGUGCCCACGAGGCAUCCUGGACCUCAUCAAUUCGAGGGCAUGCCGAAGUGCUAUUAAAUUCAACGACGCCCUGACUCGCGACGAGUGUGUCGACUUGGCAGAUAGGCUUCUUCGCUGCUCGUUUCCAUUCCAAUGUGCACACGGCCGGCCUUCCAUGGUCCCACUGUUGAAUCUUGGCCUCGACGAGAGCUCAAACUUGUACUGA